ACAAUCGCGAGCAGCUCAGAUCUCCGGGUCAAGACAUGCGCGCGUUUUCUCGCCUCACGGCGACAGGCCGCGCGAUACGGCGCUCAAACGUCACGCUCAUGGCCUCUAGUAGUAGUCGCCGUGGUCUAGCUAGCGAGGCCUUUGUGUCGCGCCACUACCAGAUGCAGGACCCUAAGGACGUGGCGGACUUCCUACACCGCAAAAGCUUGACUGUACGCGAGACAGAUUCUCACUUCGUAGUGCGCGACUGCCCGUUCUGCCACGCCACACACGGUAAGGCCGACAAUCUCUUCAAGAUGUACGUGCACAAGACGCAGGGCGUCUACAAAUGCCACCGCUGCGGCUCAGCUGGUAGCUGGUUCGACUUUAAGCGCAAGUUGCAGGGCAAUGUGGGCGUUGCCUCCUCGAGUAACGCGCUUUACGGAGGCAGCAAUGCUGGGGCGCCUGGGGCUGCUGCAGAGGUGAAGGUUAUUCAAGCACUAGACAACGAGAAGGCCAUGGCGAUACAGAAAAACCUGCUGGACGACCCCGAGUUUGAACCUGUGCUCAAGUACCUGACAGACAUUCGUGGCCUCUCCAAGGAGGUAUUGCAGAAGUACUGUGUAGGUGCAAUUGAACAGCCGUUCUGGGACCACGAUGCAGGCGAACGCGUCAAUGCCCAGUGUAUUUCCUUCCCGUGGAUGGCUCGGCAGAUGGACAUGAACGCGAUGGGAGUUGUGUGUCAGGAUGAGAAGCAACAGACAACAGAAGACAAGAACUUGUACGACGUUGUCCGACUCAAACUACGCGCUGUGAACGACAAGGCUAAGCAGCAGCUUGUGCCUAAAGGUGGCAGUUGGGGGCUUUUUGGUUGGAACACCGUUCCUACAACUGCACAAGAGCUCGUUCUUACAGAGGGAGAGUUUGAUGCGAUGGCUGUGCACCAAGCGACUGGUAUGGCUGCAGUAUCACUACCGAAUGGCUGCCAGUCGCUUCCACCGAGCGUCCUGCCGUUGCUCGAACGAUUCAAGCGCAUUUACCUGUGGAUGGACAACGAUGCCUCUGGUCAGUCAAAUGUUGAGAAGUUCGCUGCAAAACUCGGCAUGGCUCGCUGCUACAUUGUCCGCAUGCCUACGAAUGCAGCGGCGUCUUCUAUUAAGGACGCAAAUGACGCUCUCCGAGCCGGCCUGGACCUUACAGCUAUCGUGAAUGCAGCAGAACGUAUUCCGCACAGUCAGAUCACCACGUUUGAGGAGCUUCGUCGUGACGUUUAUGAGGAAAUCGUAAACCCGUUGAAAGCUUGCGGCGUGCAAUCUCGCGCUUUCCCGUCGUUGAACAGACUGAUGAAGGGCCAUCGUAUGGGUGAAGUGACAGUGCUGACGGGCCCUACAGGAUGCGGUAAGACUACGUUUCUGAGUCAGUUAUCGCUGGACUUAUGUGGUCAAGGAGUGAGCACACUGUGGGGUUCAUUCGAGAUCAAAAAUACGCGACUAAUGCACAAGAUGCUCACACAACUGGCCCAGAAAAAUCUGUCAGGUGACGUGAGAGCGUUUGAAGCCGCAGCUGAUCGGUUUGAGGCGCUGCCCAUGCAUUUUUUGCGCUUCUUUGGUAGUACCGAAGUCGAUGAAGUUCUGGACGCCAUGGAAUACGCUGUGUACGCCUACGAUGUACAGCAUAUUCUGUUGGACAAUGUGCAGUUCAUGAUGGCGGGUCAAGGGCGUGGAUACGACAAAUUCGAGCGACAAGAUGCAGCAUUGGACAAGUUUCGAAAAUUCGCUUCAGCUAAGAAUGUGCAUCUCACACUUGUGAUUCAUCCGCGGAAGGAGCAGGAGGACCAGGAUCUCACACUGUCGUCGGUUUUCGGUACGGCUAAGGCUACUCAAGAAGCCGAUAAUGUGCUGAUCUUGCAGCGUACGCGUGGAGAAUCCAAGUUGGACAUCCGUAAAAACCGCUUUGACGGCGCUUUGGGCUCAAUCCCGUUGAAGUUUGAACCGGAUUCUGCUUCGUUGCGCGAGGUAGGCACAGAAGGGAUGUCAGAGGGCGUUGCAGCUGUAGACCUCGAGGCCGAGAUGGAGCUCGCUCAAAAGCGACGCAUUCAGAAGAGCUCUCGUUCACAGGAGCAUCUCCAUCCAGAACCACUCGAUAUUGAACCACAAGAUGACCAGUCUUCGCAAACGUUCCAGUAUGUUGCAGCUCCUGCUGCUGAUUCUGUGAAUGGCCAUGAACACACGAAUGGAUUCCACGACCAUAACGGGAGUUAUAGUUUCAAGGUCAACGGAAGCUCUUUACCCAGGCUCAGUGGUGACGACACCGAUGAUCACGACUUCAAUGGAAGUAGCAGUGGCCUCAACGGUAAUUCCAGACUAAACUCGCCUGGGAGCAAUCUCAAUGGCAAUGGACCACACGCGAACGGGGGUGAACCUUUUGCCGCUUUCACGCCUAUCAUCACGCGGUAAUUGCUGCUCAAUAUAGGGAAGUAUUACCGAAAUCCAUGCUCGCGUGCUAGCCGUUAGUUUUUCAUAGUUUUUCUAAUACAAAAAUUUACUAUCAACUUCUAAUGGUCCCCAGCCACGAA